AUGUCUUGAACAGGUCAAUACAAAUAUUUAACAUUACUAAUUAGUUGUUUGAAUUCUUAUCAAAUGGACCCUGAAACUAACGCUGCUGAUGAUGCUACUAUGCCGAAAGAUUCUUCAGCUCCAUUAAUAUCAACUUUAGAUUUCUUUUUACUGAGUGCUCUGAUUGGAUUCGGAGUUUACUGGUUCUUUUUCCGUCGUGAUAACUCUAUUAAAGAUGACGAAUUUCGAAAGCUGUCUGUCGUCCAACCAACACUUACUCGAACAGAUUCUUUCAUGGAUGGGUUUAUAUCACGAAUGAAAAAGGGCGGUCGAAACAUCGCAAUAUUCUAUGGAUCACAAACUGGUACGGCUGAAGAAUUUGCUGGUAGACUGAUGAAAGAUGCUCAAAGAUAUGGAAUGAAAGCUUUAGUUCUUGAUCCAGAAGAAUGUAGCAUGGAUCAACUGCCUGAAGUUAUCAACAUAGAAAAAUCUCUUGCUAUAUUUUGUAUGGCCACAUAUGGGGAAGGUGAUCCAACUGACAAUGCCCAAGAUUUUUAUGAAUGGUUGGAAAAUUGUGACGAAGAUUUGAAAGGAAUGAAAUUCGCGGUGUUUGGUCUUGGAAAUCGUACAUAUGAACAUUACAAUUCCAUGGCCAAAUUUGUUGACAAACGUCUCGAGGAACUGGGCGGAGAACGGGUUUAUCCUCUUGGUUUGGGUGACGAUGAUGCCAACAUUGAAGAAGAUUUUGUGACGUGGAAAGAAGGUUUUUGGCCAGCAGUUUGUCAAAAUCUUGGUGUAGAAUCAUCUGGGGAAGAUGUUUCUUUCCGUGCUUAUACUUUAACUGUUCAUGACACUGAUGUAUUAAACAUGGAAACUGUUUACACAGGGGAAGUUGCCAGAAUCAAGUCUUAUAAGAAUCAAAGACCACCAUAUGAUUCGAAAAAUCCAUAUCUUUCUCCUAUUAAUGUAAAUAGAGAAUUGCACAAUGGUGGUGACAGGUCAUGUAUGCAUAUUGAAUUUGAUAUCACGGAUACGCGUAUAAGAUAUGAAACAGGAGACCAUGUAGCUGUUUAUCCAGUCAAUGAUACAACGAUCGUUGAAGCUAUCGGAAAGAGAGUUGGAAUAGAUCUUGAUACUAUUUUUUCACUGAAUAAUCUUGAUGAGGAAUCGAACAAAAAGCAUCCGUUUCCUUGCCCAACGUCUUAUCGCACUGCUUUAACUCACUAUCUUGAUAUUAUCCAUCCACCACGAACAAAUGUCAUCCAUGAACUUAUUGAUUAUUGCUCUGACGAAAAAGACAAGGAUUUUCUGAAGUCAUUAUCCGACCCCACUCCAGAAGGAAAGAAAAAGUAUCAAGAGUGGGUAGUGGAUUCGAGACGUAACAUUCUGGCUGUUUUAGAAGAAGUACCUUCCUGUAUGCCUGCUAUGGAUCAUUUGUGUGAAUUGAUGCCAAGAUUACAAGCUCGAUAUUAUUCUAUCGCUAGUUCUCCCAAGGCUCAUCCAACAAGCAUUCAUAUUUGUGCAAUCGUAGUGGAAUACACAUCAAAAGCUAAUCGGCUUAUCAAAGGUGUUGCCACAUCUUAUCUCAAAGAUAAGAUUCCUGCUGGUGAAAUGAAACAUCAUGUACCUGUCUAUGUCAGAAAGUCCCAAUUUCGUCUGCCGUUCAAAGUGUCUCAUCCUGUUAUGUUAAUUGGUCCUGGAACUGGACUUGCUCCAUUCAUUGGAUUCAUUCAAGAUCGUGCUUAUCACAAGAAAAAUGGGAAAGAUGUCGGUGACACAAUUCUUUAUACAGGUUUCAGGAAAAAAGCUGAAGAUUAUAUAUAUCAAAAAGAACUUGAAGCUUGGAAACAGGAAGGAGUUCUAAGUGAAUUACAUGUUGCUUUUUCACGAGAUGGACCAAAAAAGGUGUAUGUUCAACAUUUAUUGAUGGAAAAUAAAGAAUCGGUUUGGAAAUUGAUUUCUUCACAAGGGCAUAUUUAUGUCUGCGGUGAUGCAAGACACAUGGCCAGAGAUGUUCAUGACACUAUUAUAGCCAUUGUGAGAGAUUGUGGUGGGAAGACGGAACAGCAAGCAUCUGAUUUUGUACGUGGACUGCAGAACAAAGGUCGUUACUCAGCUGAUGUUUGGAGUUAAUUAGAAUGAAACUGUAAAAACUUGAUGCAGUUAUAGACUUUAUUAUAAUAAACACUGAAAUAAUUCUUAGGUAGAGGUUAUUAUAAAAAAAAUGACAUUCGCAAAGUAAAGCUUCCCUAUAAUUGGAAAUAUCUUUGGGUAUUUGUACGAUUUUUACAAAAUCCGAAGAUAGUGUUGGAACGAGAUGUUCGUGGGCCAAACUGUUGUGGUGUUUCUGCUGAAUACUCACAACUUUAUUUUUUUGCUUUUUAAUAAUUAGACAAUUUCAUGUUAUUGAAUAGGAUAUACUUUACCAUUUUUUUCAAAUUGUGGACAGAAUCAUAAGAUGUUGAUGUUUUUAUGUUGGAACAAUUUGCAUGUGACUCAGUUUCUGUGAAAUAUUUGUUUGAUAUGUUCCACUUUUCAUUUGAUACGGACUUUUUUUGUACCCUCAUUAGACCAUUAGAUAAAGAACAAUGAAAAUUUGUUUCGGGAAUUGUAGCAACAAUACAAAAUUUUUGGUUAGAUUGACGGUUUUUAAACUAUUUUCUUAAAAAUGAACUUCAUUUCAUGGAAAUCCCUUAUCUUUACUUAAAAAAAAGCAUAGAAAUUUAUAUUCUUGAUACUAGUACUACACGAUUCGUGAUAUAUUUUUUUCAAAAUUAAACUCUACGUAUGUUUCAAAUACUGAACAUUUGUUCGGUUGAAUUUGACUAUGCAUUGAUAAUAUCAAAUUCAUAUUUUAUAUCUGUUAAUAAUAGUCACAUUUCGCUAUGAAUUCACAUUUAAAUUUAAAAUUACAGUAUCUAUAUAAUGUUAUAAACAUCAAUUUUUUUGUU